ACAGGCAAACUGGAGGUCACUAGUGUUCUUUUUCUUCCUUUUUCCUCCAUGUAGCAGUGGAUAGAGAACAGCGACAACAGCCUUUUCUUGGUUGGUUGCGUAGCUUUGAAGCUUUGCCUAAUGAGAGUUACCACUGCCAAAGUCACCCCAGAGAGCAUAUUCGCAGUCAGGUUGGUCCAAUUUCAAUCACCCGAUUUAUUUUUAUUUAUUUAUUAUUUAUUUAUUGAGCCAUCAAGGGGCGUGAGGGCCGUGAGACCUGGGAGCCGUUCAUUUUAGAGAGCCUCGUUUUAGCGAACCUCGUUUUAGAGAUCCCGUUUUAGAGAGCCUCGUUUUAGAUAAUAGCGUUUUAGAGAAGAUGGCGGUAGGUUACGUUUCAGCGAAAACCGUUUUAGAGAAUAACGCUUUAGCGAAAUCCACCACGAUUUUGGUUUAGGUUUCGCUUCCGACUAAUCAUCAACGCAUUUUUCUUUCCCUUUUCUUGUAUGCUCAGUUUAGAAGCCGGUGUUUAUGUAUGGUGUUUAGGUCUGGUUGGUGAGGUUUAUGUAUGGCUGCAUCCCAACUACUUUUUAAGUAAUAAUAAUUUUUAAGUUAAUUAAAUUUAUGAAAUAUUAUUUGCUAGAUUUUCUACACUGUGAGCAAUAUACAGCGUGUGUUGUUAUUUGAUUAUUAUUAUUAAUAUUGAUUUUCUUUCUUUCUUAACUGUGCGCUGUGAUGUGAUGCGUUUCCAAAAAUAACACACCCUGUAUUCUCACGGGGAGGAUACCAUGAUGGGGAGAGCAAGCAAGACAAACACAAGCACACAACAUAAGCUCAACCUGUACAAACUACCCUGUCUUGAUACGCUUAGGGAGCACAGGGAGUUAGUUAUUACGAUGUCUUAUGUGUAAUAAAACUAUGUAAGAAAUGUAUGCUUGCUGGAGUGACGGUUGCAAAAUAAUUCGUCUUCGCUCGAACAAGUAGCCAGAACUAUAUUCAUCUCUGCUGUGCUUCCCUCCUCUUUUCAUCUUUUAUGUUCUUCGGAGCUAGCAUACCAAAACCGAAAUCUGUUUUCUCUAAAACGGCAUCCCUAAAACGUGCCCCGGAGUCUCUAAAACGGUAUUCGCUAAAACGAGACUCUUUUUCCCUAAAACGUAACUCGCUAAAACGUGACCUGUUCUCUAAAACGCAAUUCUCUGAAACGAGGCUCUCUAAACCGUAGGGGAACCGUGAGACCUGAUUUAGAUAAUUGAUCUUAAUCUAGAAAAUAAUUGCAGUUUUUAAUAAGGAUUUAAGCCGGUCCCCAGGCAGUCUGCGCUUAAAAAAAAUGGCGAGCUUGAGCUUGGGCAACAAAAAAACACAACACACAGACUAGAGUCCAAAACAGUUGAGCUCUAGUCUGUGUGUCAUGUUUCUUCGUUGCCCAAGCUCAGGCUCUACUCAUCAUGUAGAUGAUCCGGCAGCAUGCCUGCGUCUGCACCAUCUUGGCUGCAGCGCAGGCUCACAAAUAUGAUAUGAAAAGACACCAUUUGGACAGUGCUGAGAUCCAUGUAUGACUAAUACAAAAAUCAAGUGUGGGUACAUACAAUUAGUGGGUGCAAUGUCAAAUACUUAAGCACACUUUCUGUCAAGGAUUUGUAUAAACUGUUUUCUCUAUUGUUUUUUCGUGCACGGCAUGGGACAGACAAGUUUUGCAGCCUUCUCAAUUGCCAUUCAAUUUGGACCUUUGGUUGUGAAACGUAAAAUAUGUAGCUGGUGUCCACCAGAUUUCAAAACUAGUCUAAACGCAGUGGUUCUCAACCAGAAUUCCACGGAACCCAGGGGAUCCAAGAACCACGAAGAAAGGAAAAGUACACAAGUACACACCUCCUGUCUACUUUGUUCCCCUCAAGCUCAAGGUGAUGCUUCCCACCCCAGGAGCCUUCUUGUGAGGUUUCGCGAAGAUUAUGCUGUUGAGCUGCCGCGAGUGAAACUGGGGAGCCAUAAGUCUGUUAAUUAUGCCAAACUGGAUGCAGGCAUUGAUGAUGAUGAUGACUUCAGACCUGCUGAUAUUGCCAGCAAAAGACAAAGAAAGGUCAAGGAAACUGCCAGAACUCCAGCUUCAAAAGUGGCCAUAAAGAUACCUGUUACAUGUCCUCUUGAAUGCAAAGCUCCUGAUGCUUCUUCUCAGUCAUCAGCACAAAAUGUUCAAAACUCUGUAGGCACCAGAAGAUAUUCUUCCGUUUCUGUGUGUAGGAGGCCAUCCUUAGACGACAAGCUCUUUGAGAGAGAUCUCAAAGUUGCCCUCCGAUUGUCGCAGCAGGAACCUUGCGUCGUACCUAUGCUAGGAAAUAGAGAGGAGGAAAGGGGGCCCUGUAGCAGCUAUAGCAUUCUGCCAAAGGCGGAUGAAAGAUGUAGAAGCUCUGAGGUCUCCAGUGGUGGUGUGGCAUGCAAUAACUUGGAGAAGUCGAGACAGCUUAUGGAGGAAAUUAUAAAGAAGAAAGAAAGAAUAAAACCUGAAACGGAGCUGCCGAGGCCUGACGCAAAAAAUGACAAAGGGUGCCACAGUCCUCCUGUCUCCUGUGCUAACUCUGCUACUGAUGACUCUGUAAGAUGCGGUGAACCGAAGAAGAAGUUCCUCAAGGUCGAGACAGUACUGAGCCUUCCAGUUAAAGUCCCAUGUCACAAGCCAGUCACGCCAUCCCUGAAAGUGAACCAUCUCAAGACGGCCCACAGUGUAUCGAAAGUGCCAGGCAGUGGAAGAGCUCGUACUAUACGACUUGGGCUAUCCAGGAGACUGAGUGCCGGAAAACCCCUGCACAGCACUGUCAGAGUGGAAAGUCGUUAAUGCUGAAUUUUUAAUACCUUUGCGUCCAUCAAACUGUACCAGAGCUUCUGCUCUGGACAUGUAUUUUAGUGGGUGCUUAUUCGAUCAAUGUGGAAUUGUUUUCAAUGGAUUUUAGUAUAGCUUGACAACUAGUAUUGGGCAAAAUUGUGAAUGUGUACUUUCACUCAACCAAUGAAAUCAUAAUAAUUGCAAUUGUAAUGACAUCAUCAUUUUUGCAGAGGCUUCAUACGGAAACUAGACAGUGAGUACUGAUGUUUCCCUAGCAUGGCAAACUUAUUCGUUGCAAGUCUCAAGUGAGCACCAGGGGUUGGGCCAGAAUGUGAGUCCCUCUUAAUGAGCAAGCAGGAGAGCAUUGAUGCCAGGGGUGUGCAGUAAUACUAUUUUUUGUAUUGUGCUACUAAUACAUAAUAUUGCACAAUAAUACUUCUGAAACAGUGUGUUAUAAUAUACAGGGUGUUUUUUUUACCCUUUAAAGAAUUUUUAUAAAAAAGCUAUGCAAGCAGUAUAGAUGUCGUUUUUGCAGUUGAGUUCCAGGGGCAGGCGGACGUCCUCUCGAAGAAAGUAUGCAACUACAAGAUGAUUAAUUACCCAAAAUUCAUUAAUUAACUCUAAUUAGAGGAUUUCGUGCAAAAGCAAGAUAAGUAGGAUCUCGAUGAUACGAAUCUCUCGGGGCGACAGAAAAUAUUCGUAUGCAAAGAAAUCGACCAAAUCUAAAAAUUGAUCGACAAAAGCGAAAUCGUGCUGACAAGCUGGUGCAUGACUGCGAAAUAAAGCCGAGACAAGAAGUACAGACAAAUAGAGGCAAGAAAAUAGACAGUGACCGUUAAUUUUCCAUUACUCUCAGUGAAAGAGGUCAGUCGUAACUGUGAUGUUCCCGGCAGGAAGGAGGAGGCACCAGCCAAGCAGGUCCCAAACCAACAACAACCUUUAUUUCAAAAUCCACUGUUUAUAUAGCUUAUGUCAAGCACGCCGCCUUGCGGCAUGAACUAAACAAGAUAACACAAACGUGUAUUAAGAUAACCAGAUAAGGAACGAGGAAAGCAGAUGCGUGAUAAUAAACAUAACCUACGACACAACAUCUCUUCCCCCUUAACGUAACUGUUAGUAUUUGUUAAACGAGUUAAUUUAGUUAGAACCACAGAACGCAACCAUAGACCGUCCCAACAUUCCACACAUUUUCAAAAUUCCUUCUUCUAAUCCAAAACAUAAUCACGGAGAUACGCUGGGGGUCGUCGCACUCUCUGAGGUCGACUUGCGUGCUGUCCCUCGGGUACAGUUCCCUGCACACUUGCAUCCUCAUCCCGCUCCUCGGUAGAAGUAGCUGGAGGCACUGGCUCUGGGGUCUGGACAUCACUCCCUGUGUCUAUGUCGAUUGGUCCUUCAGGUUCUUGAGCUGCUUGCACAUCACCACACAAUACAUCUUGCACCCCACUGUAGAUGGCAGGCGACAACAGCUCUGACGAACAGGCUGCAUCCGUAGAGACAGGCCGAGAGUAUAGUGCUAACUUUGAUGCAUUCCACACCCGACGAUCCUGAAGCAGAAACAAGUUUUUCCCGCAUUUCUUCAAUACCUUCAAUGGCCUUGAAAACCGAGGCAUUGCCUUCCCUUUUUCCUUCAAUUUUAUGCGAACGAAAUCCCCGGGAUUAACCUGUGGUGUCUUUGCACCUCGACGCGCGUCCGUGUAUCUUUUCAUAUACUCUUGUCGGUCGCUCACCUUCCGACGUAGAUCAUCUCCGGGAGGGGUUGAAGGCACUGCUAUGCCAACCACGUGGAACUUCGUCCGAGGCAUUCGGCCGUGCAAGAGCACUGCUGGAGCACAUCCCGUUGUAGCAUGCGGCGUGCACCGAAAUGCUAGCAGACCCUGCUUUACUACCUCCAUCACUGGCUUCCUUUGCAAAACUGCAAGCUGCACUUGAUCUUUCAGAACACGAUUAAACCGUUCUAUCAAUCCAUUUGCCUGCGGAUAAUACACAGACGAAAAUAAGUGCUUAAUACCCUGCUUCUUCAGGAAUUCCUCGAAUACUGCUGACGUAAAUUGAGGUCCGUGGUCCGAGACUAAUUCGUUAGGCAGCCCCUCACGGCAAAACACACGCUGAAGAAACCCAAUGACCACCUGCGCUGUUACAGUUCCAACAAAAGCAACCUCAGGCCAUCGGCUAAAAUAGUCCAUCAACGAGAUGGCAAAUCUGCACCCUUGUGGAGCACACUGAAAUGGCCCGACGAUAUCAAUCGCCAACUUCUGCCAUGGUCCUUCAGGUAAUGGUACUGGUUGUAGUGGUGCCGGUGACACUCUUGCAGACUUAUCUGCUGCUUGGCAAACUGCACAACUCUUUACAUAUUCUUCAACUUCUCAAUCCAUGCUGGUCCACCAAUAUACCUGCCUAAUUCGUUGUUUGGUCCUUACCAUCCCCUGGUGAGCCUGAUGAGCUUGGGAAAUGAUCCUUCUCGACAACUGUUUUGGAACCACUAGUCUUUCAUCCCUGUACACAAGACCAUCAACUACGGACAGUUCCUCCCGUACCUGAUAGAACGGUUCUUCCUCUGUAGACACACUCUGCUUCACUGGCCAAGACGUCCUGAUGUAUGUGAUAACUUUCUUCAACAGGCCAUCCUGCUCCGUUGCUCGCUGUACUUCUGCCUUUGUCAGACAGGUAGUUACCCAUGAAACUACCUCCUCAUCGAAUUUUGUUUCCUCGCUGUUGGACAGAGGCAGCCUAGACAGGGCAUCGGCUAUGAUGUUUUCAUAGCCCUUCUUAUGUUCGACCGUGUAGUGGUAAUUCAGGAGUCUGGCUGUCCAGCGCACAAUCCGCAGAGGUCGAUGUCCCUGCCCUCGGGUUGACAGAAGAGUGACCAGCGCGCGAUGAUCAGUCCUAAGUGUAAAGUGUCUCCCCCAAGAGGUAAACAUGCCAUCGCUCACAAGCCCAGAUGCAAGCGAGCGCUUCUCGCUCACCUGUCGAAUAGUUCCGUUCUGCAGUGGACAAGGUCCUCGAUGCAAAAGCUACUGUGUGCAGGCUCUUCUCGUCUCGCUGCUGCAACACCGCUCCAACUCCACAGCUAGAGGCGUCCGUUGUUACAAUAACUGGCAUCUUAGGGUCGAAAGGACGCAAUACCCCUGCUGCUCCUAGAAGCUGUUUGACUCUCCUGAAGGCUUCGUCCGCUUCCUUAUUCCACUCAAACGACGCACCUUUAUGUAGAAGUUUACGCAGGGGUUCCACCACAUGCGCGUAGCGAGGUACGAAGCGGGCAUAAUAACCAGUAAGUCCUAUGAAUGCACGGAGUCCUUCUUGAUUUUUGGGCGCUGGGGCUUCCAUGACAGCAUCAAUUUUCGAUUGCAGAGGCCGAAUUCCACCGAAAGACAACUGGUGCCCGAGGAACUGAAUUUCCUGCCUGUCGAAUACACACUUCCUGUUAAGGGUUAGUCCAGCCUCAGCUAUUUUCUUCAAGACCCUUCGCAAAUUUCUCCGGUAUUCUUCCCGAUCACUGCCGAACACCACAACAUCGUCCAAGUACACAACGACUCCUUGGCAGUCUCGAAGAAGCUGCAACAUCAGUUUCUGGAACACCGAUGGUGCCGACGCUAGUCCAAAACACACACGCCGAAACCGGAACAGUCCCUCAUGUGUGAUAAAUGUUGUCAGCGCACGACUUUCCUGACUCAGAUCAACUUGAUAAUAUGCUGACGCCAAAUCCAAUUUUGCAAAAUAGUUCGCUCCUGAUAAAGAAUUCAGCAAUUCCUCCACUGUAGGCAACGGGUACGCAUCAGCUACUAUCGCUUUGUUGGGCUCCCUCAGAUCGACACAAAGUCGAAUGUUACCGUCCGGCUUCUGAACCACCACAAUUGGUGACACCCACGGCGAUGCAUCAACCCUUUCAAUGAUGCCUUCACUUUCAAGCUUAUUCAGUUCUUUGGACACCCUGUCUCUCAACGCCAGCGGUAGCCGACGCAACUUCUGUGCUACAGGCUUGACAUCAGCCUUCACAUGCACUUUAUGCGUAAAUCCUUUUGCAAAACCAAUUCGUUUCUCAACCAACUGUCCGAACUCUCUUCUUAGAUCAGGCGGCAAGACACUCUCAUUAGUCCCAUCGAUACUCAAACACUGCAACGACUUGCCCUCAAUGCAUAUGUUCAACACCCGGACGGCAUCACGUCCCAGCAAAGUUGUUCCCCUUGGUACAACAUAGAACAAAAUUGUCCCCACUUUGUCCUUGAACACAACUUUAGCUUCGAAGCAGCCCGUAACAGAUAUCUUCUGAUUACUGUAAUUCACCAGCUUGCGCGGCGGUGGUGCUAACGGGUACUUCCGCUCGAAAUUGACCUUGUACACAUCUUGACGCAUUAACGAAGCCGCUGACCCAGUGUCGACAGUUAAUCUCAUGGAGACAUCUUCCACAGUAACUUCGGCGUACACCUCAUUCGCAUGUCCGUCCCCAAUUCUUAAUACAGCGAUAUCCUCGUUGUUUAACUGGAUUGCGUUAAUAGUCUUUGAAUUUCGGCAGACCUUGAUAAGAUGUCCAAUCUUUCCACAUCCUCUGCAUUUCUUAUCUAUGGCUCUACAAUUUCCGUCAUUGGCGAAAUGACCAAUUUUUCCACAACGAUAACAUGCCAAUUGCUUACCGGCACGUUGUAAUGUUGGUUUAGGACCCCCCGUUGGUUGUCAGUCUGCGCCCUUGGCUUCCUUUUGCGGCCAUUUCCCUUUCCUUCUCUCCUGCUGCCGGUACUUGUCAACUUUUUGUACUUCACCAGACUGCUGAAACUCUUUGGCGGCCUUUAUGCUCUCUUCGUACGUAGUUGCCAACGUCACCGCAGCACUCAGUGAUAACCAUCCGCCUUCUAUAAGUAGUCGCUCCCGUAGUCCCGGGACCAUAGUGCCUUCCAGUAAUUGGUCCCUGACGGCAUCAUCUUCAAAUAUCCCAUACUGACAUUUCGCUGCGUGGCAUCUUAGUCCUCCGACGAAUGCUUGCGUUGACUCUCCAGGCUGCUGUCGUCUCGCACGAAACCGGUGGCGAAGAACGGCUACGUUCGGCGCACUUCCAAACCUCUUGUCCAGGAUCUGCAAAGCUUGUUCCAACACUUCACUCUGCUUGCUCUCGUCCUUGCCACCAUCUUUCCCGUCUCCCUCGCCCUCUUUCAUGACAACAGUCGCCGUCUCCAAAGCCCGAAAGAUCCGUUGCCCUUCUGCACCCAAACAGUGCAACAACACUGCCUUCUUCCUCGGGCCCGUGAACGUAGUGUCGGUAAUGGCAGCCAAGUAGUUCAAAAACAUGCUGCGCCACUGCUCCCAUGGCAACUCUGGGUCCCCCGGCAAUGGAAGAAACGGCACCGGCGGCUGAAGACCAAAGAAGCUCAUCCUGUGGCCGUGGCUCGUGGUUCAUACAGCACUUAAGCCCUCGUCGCCAUUUUGUGAUGUUCCCGGCAGGAAGGAGGAGGCACCAGCCAAGCAGGUCCCAAACCAACAACAACCUUUAUUUCAAAAUCCACUGUUUAUAUAGCUUAUGUCAAGCACGCCGCCUUGCGGCAUGAACUAAACAAGAUAACACAAACGUGUAUUAAGAUAACCAGAUAAGGAACGAGGAAAGCAGAUGCGUGAUAAUAAAGAUAACCUACGACACAACAGUAACGCUUUUGCGUCUUCGUUUUUGGCCAACGUUGCCCAAAUUCGCGAGAUGAAUUAAAAUGCCCAAGCACGUGCUUUACACUCGCGAGUCGCAUGACAGUGCCGCAAAGCGAGCUUCAACUAAAGCACGCAGGCGCUAGGUGAAGCUGACCUGCGGAAUGGUGACGCCUGUAGGGGACACUGCCGUCUAAAAUCGGCACUCCGUGGUUUAUCUCAUCUCAAAUCUCCAAGUGUUGCAAGACUAUUUCUUUCAAGUAAUAAACACGUGCAGCACAUGGUCCACCUUCAAAUACAGUAUUGGCACAACACUUUCAAGCGCAACAGAGGUAAUGUGGGACGGCGAAGUACUGACAAGCGAUUUUAGCUAACCGUGUCCCUAACAGUACAUAUCAGAUUGAGAGACUAUCUUUGUUAAAAGCUGUUCCACGUUUAAAAAAAUCCUGAAACACGCUCGUGCGUUAAAAUAUCCAGCCCCGAAUUUUGCUAUGCAAAUAAGCCGAAACCAAAACCGCGGCGACCGGGAACGCAGGGAGUACAGCAUUCAUUUAAUGUCAGAGGGCCACGUUAUUUGGAGCGAUGGAGAUGAUUGCAGUAGGUGCCACACAGCUAGCCAGAUAAACUGCUUUCCGGCCCAAAUAUGCUUCCGUCGGUGAGGGUGAUGCACUCCUGAGGCGUGCCUUUUCCGUUUUGGGUCUUUUGCAUACCAAAAUUCAGCUAUGGAUAGUUCACAUCACGCGCUGUUUACUUCAUUUUUAACACAUAGCAUGGAUUUCAACGAGGAUUGUCUCCCGUUCUGCUAUCUCACUUUUGCACGAAACUCUCUAAUUAAACAGUUAAUGGAGGGAUUUAAGGAAAUUAAUCAUCUUCUAGUUGCAUAUUUUCUUCGAGAGGAUGCAUGCCUCGCCGUAGAACUGAAUUGCAAAAACGACAUCUGUGCUGCUCUCAUAGCUUUUUAUAAAAAUUCUGUAAAGCCUAAAAGCACCCUGUAUAAUAUGAAUACUGUAUUAUAAUAUGUUAUGGUAGUACCAGGAAUGCAUAACUUUUUGAAAAGACCAGGGCGUGCACAACAUCCAUUUCACAAUUUACAGUGCCUGUUGUAUGAAACAAUAGAUGCAUUACUGGCUAUUUGACUUUAAUAAUAACAUGUUCUCAAAAAUUUAAUCUUCGAGUGCUCGCCUGUUUGGUUGAAGCAAAGAACGUGUUAUGCCAUAUUUGCCGUUACCAGCUCGCGUGAUGUUAUGGUUAGGAUGAUCGCCUUCCACGCCGAGAUUGGGAGGUGAUGCGGGUUCGAAUCCUGACAGUGGCUGUGUUGUCUGAGGUUUUCCUUAGGUUUUCUGAAGACUUUCCAGAUGAAUGUUGGCACAGUUCCUUCUGACCUGCCCCAGGAUACAUAGACUACCCUGCCUGCCACUCCUGCCUGCUGUCCUCUCUCCUUGUAUGCCAUUCAUAGCCACACUUUCGCGGCACUAACACGGAAUAAAAAAAAAAAUUGACCUUGCACGUCAGGCCCCGGUACCUCAUGAACCAUUACAAAAAAUUUACUAUUUAGAAUGGUGGGACUUUCCAUGGUGAAAGUGACAGCAAAAAUGGGGUAUUGCAUCUCCCUGAGCAUGUCAGCCAUGGCAAGUUUGAGACAUUCACCAAGGAUGUGUGCGAGAUCUCCCUGUCACCUAGUGUUCCGAUUUGCGACUAAGACAGGGAAAUGAAACAAUGCAAAGGUGCAAUGACAUGAAGCCAUUUUCUGAGAACAUGGGCCCUUGUUAUCAGUGCAUACCAUGAGUAAUACAGGGGCAAUGACCAGUGCCCACUGGGAAGGCCGAAAAGUAUUUCUGUGUCAACAAGUAAUACAGCAAUACGGGUAAUACUACAUAUUUUUGCUUAUUAUCAUCAUACUAAUACACAUGCUUUUUGAAAAUGUGUAUUAUAAAAUUUAUAAUACAUAAUACUAAUACAAAAUGUAUCACAGUACUACCAGUACAUGUAUACUACUGUAUAACACAAUGUGUUAUAAUACAUGCCCACCCCUGAUGAGGGCCAAUGCUCUGAGUUUGUCUGUGGUUGCAGAGCUGCUUAUGGUGCAGAGGAAAGUAAACAGUGCAAAGGGCCUGCAGAGGAAUAGGAAUCAAGAAGCAGCAGGGUCGGUAUGCCCCGGACAAGCACCUGGCCGUGUUAUCUUUCUCAAAAUUACUCCCAUCACUUUUGAAGUAGGUUGACUCAAAGUGAAACUAGUUUGUUGAUCGGGAUCAUGAGUUGUCAGGUAUGGUGGGGGAGAGGGUAUUUUUUUUACCGAGUCCUCUUCCACUUUCUUGGAAUACACCAACCUUGAGCAAAAAUGUGGCAGCACUGAGCAGUCAUAGUGUAGUGUUGUAAAGCAACUCUACUUUGGAACAGAAGAGGUUUUUGUGUGUGACACUGCAGGGACAUAGACGGAAAGGAGGCAUGUGGUUAUGUCUUGAAUCCUGCCGAGUACAAGAGAACAACGUCUUUAUUCCACACAGGGACAUAAAGGCUGCAUGGUAUACUCAGUACAGGCAUCAACUGCCUAACAGACUAGCAUAGAAUAUAAUGAAUGUGUCCCGCACAUGCUACACGCUUCUUUGGUUGUCAGUAAUGCACCCCGGAGAGAGAGCUUCCCGUGAAGCACUCAUUAUCUCGCAGAUUAUACAGCAGAUAAUCCCAAUAAUACCACAAUACACAACAAUGGUCUACCCAUUUGUCCGGUGCAAUGGUGGCGCAAAGGGUAGACUUGAGAACAGGGUUCACACCGAGCCUUGAAAGCCCUGAAUUUGGAGCCAUGCUUGAAAAGCCUUGCUUCCUAAAUCGGCCACUCUAUAUAAAUGUCUUCACCUAUCAGAUCAAAUGUAGAUGGCAUUGCUCCUCUGGCCACACUGAGCGUUCUGAGUGCAUCUAAUACUGCCUGCAGCCUACAGUCACCAUACAAGCCUCACUUAACGAAUCACGUCACUGCAUCAACCAAGCCUAUGUAGUGACUGUAUUACAGCCUGACAGCAUUUCUUCUGGCAUGUCGUCUGUCAACUCUUCGUGGGAAAGCUCGCAUUGCGCUUGUCUGCACGUGUAUCCACCCACAUUAGUGUGUUCACCAUCUACUUUCUGUUGAAUUCUCUGUCUUUAUUGAUUGUUGCUGUGAAGUAUUAAGUUAAAAUGAACAAAUAUGCCCAGAAAGUGUACCUUCCAAGCAUCGUGGCAAACCCACGAAGGCUGUCAUCACUGGAUAUUACAUGCAGUAUAAAGAGUUGUAACAGUUA